AUAUAUAGUAAUCUUAGAAGAUCAUAAACCUGUCAUAUAAAUAUCGGGCACGGUCUGUAACAAUGUGCUGUGAGUUCCAAUAGUAGUGAGCACUGUUCCCUCCUGCAUGUGCUGUGUGCUCCCUUCUGUUUUCGAUCACCUCCUCCAUAAAAGUCGUCCUUCCUUCUUCUUUGUCCCACAGCCUCUCCCAAAAGUCAGAGUUGCAAAGAAAGUUAUAUAAAGAAACAAAAACCCUACCCAGUUUCUCCAUCCCUUUUUUUUCUCUCUUUUCCUUGCCUAAAUUGUCUCAAGCUUACCAAACAUGUCUGACUCUACUGCAUCGUCUUCUUCUUCUCCUAUAUGGCUAUACUCGUAUAUAAAGCUUCGCUUCUUCAAUCGUAUCCGGAGGUUCCUGCGCUCCAAGAGUAGUAACCGGAAGAGGAACACGACGUCGUCUGAUCCUCACCACUUUGAUACGUCGAGUUUGAGACCGACCAAGGUUAUGGUGAAGGAGAGCAGUAAUGAUCAUGAGGAUGGUGGUUUGGGGUUGCAGCGGGCGGUGAAGAAGCUUCACUUUGGGAGUUGGGAAGAGAAGGAGUUGGCGGCGGAGGAGAUUGGGACGUUGGCUAAGGAUGACGUCAAGGUGAGGAAGUUGGUGGGUGGACUCGGGGUUAUACCGGUGUUGGUGUCCAUGGCGGCGUCGGAGGUGGUUGAUCGCCGGCGAGUGGCGGUUUUCGCCCUGGUUCAGCUUGCUAAUGGAACUUACACGAACAAGGCUCUCAUGGUUGAGGCAGGAAUCUUCUCCAAACUACCAAAAGACAUUAACAUUCUUGAUGAGCCAACAAAGCAUCGAUUUUCAGAACUGCUCAUGUUGUUAUCCUCACUUGCAAACACCCCGUUUCCUCUGCCCUCGUCGGAGAUUGUCCCGUUUCUGGUCGGCAGUCUGGAGUCGGAUUCGAGCAAUGUUGAGACCAAACAGUCAUGUUUGGGUGCACUUCACAACCUAUCUGCUAUGUUGGACAAUGCAGGAGAUUUGGUCUCCAAUGGGGUAGUGGACACACUCUUGAAAUUGUCCUCAGAUAAAGAACUAUCCGAGAAAGCUCUCGCAACGUUGGGGAACUUGGUUGUGACCUUAAUGGGGAAGAAGGCUGUGGAGAAUAGUCAUCUGGUCCCCGAGAGCUUGAUAGAAAUUUUGACAUGGGAUGAAAAAUCCAAAUGCCAGGAACUUUCAAGCUACAUUCUUAUGAUUUUAGCUCAUCAAAGCUCAGACCAAAGAGAGAAAAUGGCCAAGUCUGGAAUUGUGCCUGUACUUCUUGAAGUGGCAUUAUUGGGUAGCUCUCUAGCGCAGAAAAGGGCGCUAAAACUGCUGCAGUGGUUCAAGGACGAAAGGCAAGCGAAAAUGGGCCCCCAUUCCGGGCCUCAAACUGCGAGGUUCGCAUUCGGUUCACCUGUAAAUCCACAGGCGGCUCAACAAGGGAAGAAGAUGAUGAAGAAUUUGGUGAAACAGAGUUUACACAAGAAUAUGGAGAUGAUAACGCGGCGGGCGAGUGCUUCUGGAGACUCUUCUAAGAUCAAGGCUUUGAUUAUCAGCACCAGCUCUAAGAGUUUGCCUUAUUGAGUGAAGAUAUACAAAUUUUAGUUGAGAUCGAUACUCCCUCAUAUUUCAGAGAUUUGCAUAGAGAACUUGGGAGGUGCUACUGAUUGUAAAAAGCAUUUGAUGGUCUCUCAACGAAGUAAAUUCCUUUGAAGAGAAAAUUGCAUUUCUUGUGCAUAUAGCGUGUGACAAUUGUACAUCGUGUGAAGAAGUGGACAAAUCUUCUCCGGAUGUAUAACAAAUAAACCCUUGCUUGGGAUACAAGGAAUAUAGUGACAAAUUCUUUGCAUUG